CAUUUCAAAUGUCUCACUCAAAAGAAAACCAAAAAAUAUUCCUAAAGCACAAGCCUUCACAAGAGUCAACUAAAUCUCAAUCAAGAAGGAAGAACAGCACUUCUUGUUCUAAUGCUGAAAGACAGCAGGAAAAGCUAGGAUUAUAAAGCCUACCACUAAGACAUUACACAAGCGUAGAGGGACACGGAAACUUAAGAAGAAACAAGGAAAUUCAAAUACAUUGAUUGUCCUGAACCCUGUUUGACGUUCAUUAGGCACUUGUUCGGCUAUAAUAAAAAUUAAUCAUAAAAGUAAGACUGGGAAGAGUAAUAUGUUCCCUAAAUAUGCUUCUAACUCAUUCAACACUUUGGCUAAAUUAUCGCCAAAGAAUGGAGAUGGAAUCGCCUUCACCCCCUCCCAAAAAUCCCCUCUGCACAGCUUCACCACCGCAAACCCCUCCUCUAAGCCCCCUUCCAAAGAACGCCUCUCCAAAAAUCCCAAGUCAAAAUCCAAAAAUUCCAAGAAGAAAAGUUGAAUAAGAGAGAAUAUGCUGAAGACAACUGGAUUCAUGAAGACGAAGAUGCUGGAAACAGGUGAGGAUGAAACACUAAGAGAGAUAGUAGAGGUAGCACCACAAUCGGAAAAUUAUGAAGAGGAUGUGCUGAAUGAGCCUGAAGUUAUGAGAAAAGAGUCUAAGAGUCGAGGUAGGAGAUCGUCGAAGAAAAGGAAAUUAAAGAAGAAGUUAAAAUAACUGCUUUAUAACUACCUCACCACCUCAAGAAUCUAUAGGGACUUGUAGUCCAAAUAUAGUACGAUUGAUUCCAGAUAAUCCCUCAAAAAUUAGUUUUAAGAAGAAGAAACACACUAGUGCUAAAAGAAAUCUCCAGGCUGAAUUCUAUUCAACCGGAUAUAAAGGGAAUUUAAGCCAGCGGCAGAGUUUGCAAGGGAAGAAAAUUACCAAACAGAAGAAAGGGAGUCGUGAUAAAUUUAAGAUUCCUAAAUUUUCAUUGCCAAGUCCUAACGAUACAAAAUACAAAGCUGAAAUAAACCAACUUAAGGAAUCUCUACAGAAAUCCCAGCAGAAUGAAGAGAAGUUACUCGAACGAAUCCAGAAAUUGGAGGAUGACCAGAAGACAGCGAAUGAUCAAUACAAAAAGAUGGAAGAGAUGGUCCAGCAGCUGAUCCCCCCAAAACCUGGAUACGUUAAUGUCAAAGUCUCACAAGAAAAUGAGGAAGUGAAGAAAGAGGAAAUUGAAAAAUAUAAAAGGACGAUUCAUAAGCAGAAAGAUGAAAUCAGCUACCUUAGACAAAAAGAAAGCAAGCUAAUGUAUCUGUUCUAUAUUAUGCACAACAAAGGAAUAGACGUUAAUAAAAUUUAUGAUGAGCAGCUUAGAGACAUCCCAACUGACAGGUUUGAUGAAUGGAUGAAGGAAAACAUGGAAGAAAAUAAACCGCCCGAGAUCAGCUUUGAUUCACAAGCUAGCUAUGAGGACAUCUGUGAGGGCCCUAUGCCGCAACCUGAUAGACCUAAAUGUAUCCCACAAUUAAACCUAGACUGUAUUCCUGACUAUGUAACCUCAUCUGACGAAGAUGAUGCGAAUGAUUCUUCGAUAUUUGACCAGAAUAAAAAGUCAAUUGAUGGUAGUAAGCUACAUCGGCCUUCGGAGUUGAACUCAAUUCUGUCAAUGUCCUUUAGCCAGAAGGAUUUCUCUAAAGAAUAUAAUGAAGAAUAUACUCUUUCCCAACGGGCUAAGAAGAGGAAAGAUUCAGUGCUAACAAACAACCGAGUUGAGGACCAAGAGCUAAAUGAGGUGUUAGGAAUGACAAAGAGUUUAAAUACGGACCAGAUUAAUUUUAAUAUUUAACAUCCAUUUUAAAAA